UGCGCAUCAACCAAUCACCUUCUCCACGUCCCAAAAGGACAUAUAACCCGUGCCUCAUCUGCAAGCCUGUGGACACAGGCAGUGCUAGCUCGCUCGAUCACCGUCUCCGCACUGCAGCUGCUACCAUGGCGUCCACCGCGCUCUCCACCGCCUCCAACCCCACCCAGCUCUGCCGGUCCAGAGCUUCGCCGUGCAAGCCCGUCAAGGGCCUGGGCAUCGGCCGGGAGCGCGUCCCGAGGAACAUCACAUGCAUGGCCGGCAGCAUCUCCGCCGACCGCGUGCCGGACAUGAGCAAGAGGGAGACGAUGAACCUCCUCCUGCUCGGCGCCAUCUCGCUCCCCACCUUCGGCAUGCUCGUCCCCUACGGCUCCUUCCUCGUCCCAGCUGGCUCAGGAAGCAACGCCGGAGGUGUUGUUGCCAAGGACAAGCUCGGCAACGACAUCCGCGUCGAGGACUGGCUCAAGACGCACGGCCCCAAUGACCGCACGCUCGCCCAGGGACUCAAGGGUGAUCCUACCUACCUUGUCGUGGAGUCCGACAAGACCCUCGCCACCUACGGUGUCAACGCCGUCUGCACGCAUCUUGGUUGUGUCGUGCCGUGGAACGCCGCCGAGAACAAGUUCCUCUGCCCUUGCCACGGUUCCCAGUACAACAACCAGGGCAAGGUCGUCCGUGGACCUGCACCCCUGUCGCUGGCCCUGGUUCACGCCGACGUCGAUGAUGGCAAGGUCGUCUUCGUGCCGUGGACCGAGACCGACUUCAGGACUGGCGAGAACCCAUGGUGGAAGUAAGCAACACGAGCUCCAGCAGAAGCAAUGUUCACUUCUGUGAUCAGCCCGUAUAGCCUCCUGAGAACGCUGCUAUAAAUGCACCUGUUUCUUGUAUCCCCAACUUAUAUGUAUACACUGUACGUAUGAAAGAACAGAAACUUCCUGAUUGAAUAUAUGAUCACAUUUUGAGGUGA